CAAGAUGCUGAUAGUAGACUAGGUAUCUAGUUAGCGUGAAUAACUUUAGCUGGAAUGGGUCAAAGAGGUUUUCAGAAAUAAUUUGGAAGCAUAAUUUGACACAGCUAAGUACUAUUUGAAAAAUUGGAGUGAAACAUGAAACGAGAUGUCAGGAUACUGUUAUUGGGGGAACCCAAGGUGGGGAAAACCUCACUCAUAAUGUCAUUGGUUGGGGAGGAGUUUCCAGAGCAUGUGCCCCUCCGAGCUGAGGAGAUCACCAUUCCUGCUGAUGUCACCCCAGAGAAGGUGCCCACACACAUAGUGGAUUACUCAGAAACGGAGCAGACGGAUGACGUCCUCAGAGAGGAGAUUGUCAAGGCCAAUGUGGUGUGUGUGGUGUAUGACGUCACCCAGGAGGAAACCAUAGACAAGAUCCGAACAAAAUGGAUCCCCUUGGUAAACGGUGAAGCCGAGAAGGGAAACAAAGUUCCUAUAAUCCUAGUGGGGAAUAAAUCGGACCUGUGCUCUGGGAGCUCAAUGGAGACGAUUCUGCCUAUCAUGAACCAGUUCUCUGAGAUUGAGACCUGUGUGGAGUGUUCUGCCAAGAACCUGAAGAAUAUCUCAGAACUGUUCUACUACGCUCAGAAGGCAGUGCUCCACCCGACCGCUCCCCUCUACGACCCGGAAGACAAACAGUUGAAACCAAUGUGUGUCCGAGCGCUCAGCCGAAUCUUUAGCAUCUCAGACCAGGACCAUGACCGCAUCCUCAGUGACGCUGAACUCAACUGCUUCCAGAAAUCUUGCUUCGGAAACCCUCUUGCCCCUCAAGCUCUGGAGGAUGUGAAGACUGUGGUCUGGAAGAACACAAGUGACGGCGUACAGGAUAACGGCCUUACACUGAACGGCUUCCUGUUCCUCAACACGUUAUUCAUCCAGAGGGGUCGACACGAGACCACGUGGACCAUCCUGAGGAAAUUUGGUUACAACGACUCACUGGAGCUGAUGGAUGACUACCUUUACCCGCAGCUACGGGUGCCUUUGGGUUGCACCACAGAGCUUAAUCAUCUGGGUCACCAAUUUCUCCAGAGGCUGUUUGACAAAUACGACGAGGAUAAAGACUCUGCCCUCUCUCCUGCGGAGCUGAAGAAUCUCUUCAGCGUGUUUCCCUACAUGCCCUGGGGUGACGACGUCUACACAACGGUCUCAACUACAGAGCAGGGAUACAUCUCUAAUCAUGGCUACAUGUGUAAAUGGAUGCUUUCAGCAUAUCUUGACAUCCACCGCUGCCUAGAGCACUUGGGACAUCUGGGCUACCCCAUCCUCACUGAGCAGGACUCCCAAACCACUGCGGUCACAGUGACGCGGGAGAAGGCUGUGGAUUUGCAGAAGGGCCAGACUCAGCGGUCCGUGUUCCUCUGUAAGGUGAUUGGACCGCGGGGAACUGGAAAGUCUGCCUUCCUGCAGGCCUUCCUUGGCCGAAACUUUGUGAGAGAGGAGCGUUCCCCCGGUGCCUUCUCCUUCUAUACCAUAAACACUGUCCAAGUCAGCAACCAGGAGAAGUUCCUCAUUCUCUUUGAGGUGGACGUGGAGACGGAGUUCCUAAAGGCGUCGGACGCUGCGUGCGACGUAGCCUGUCUCAUGUACGACACCAGCGACCCCCACUCGUUCGACUACUGCGCCAGCAUCUACAAGCAACACUACAUGGACAGCAGUAUUCCCUGUGUGCUGGUGGCCUCCAAGGCCGACCUCCCGGAGGUGAGGCAGCUCCACGGCAUGACCCCGGCCGAGUUCUGCUACAAACACCGGCUGCCCCCGCCGCUCCCCUUCUCCAGCCUGUCCCUGGACUCGGCCAGCAGGAACACCUUCGCCAAGCUGGCCUGGGCCGCCAUGUUCCCACACCUGAACGGCUCCGACAUGAGCAACACCUCCUUCUGGCUGAGAGUAACACUAGGAGCCGCGGUAGUCACAGUCCUAGGCUUCGCCAUCUACAGAGCUUUCGCCCGACAAAAAUGACUGGGGUCCAAACUGAACCACCCGCACCACCCAGGCCAGCCUUUAAGACCAAACCUUUAAACAAAACCAUAUAAACACACUUGACCGACAAUGCAUCCAUUUUACUUAUUUUCUACCCCAAUCUCCCUGGGCCCUCUGCCCUCCUAAGCCCCCC